GGAACAACGUCAAGCCGCCAAAUAGCUUCAAGAAAGAGAUUUAUACCAACCUCUUUCAGAUACACGGCAAAUCACAAGGUAAUUUAAUUGCCGCCCUCGUUCUAUCCAAAUGAUCAUGCCAGUAGAAGAUAUCGUGGCGGUGAAGGUCUACCAGCAAUUAGUCCAGGACCUUCUGGAUAAGGCGGCGGAGAUCAAGAAAGACUGCAGCAUUGAACCUCCGUUGACUGAUGCCGAUCUGGGCGAUGCGAUACGCCGAAUACAACAAGACCAAGAUAGUGGACUGAAGGAGCAAAGUCAACAGGCUCAGUUCGCAGUGGUUGAAACUGCCUUUCGGAAAAAGUUCUAUGAUCUUCUUGCCACCACCUCGAUCGAUGAACCUUCGUUUAUUCAUAUAUGGAACCUUCUAGAUAUUGUAUCGAUAUUUUCGGAUAACGAACAAUGUGAACCCGGGCUGCUAUUCUGGCUCAUUGAGGAGCUGCUGGACAGUCAAACCAUCGACGGCUGUCGGAAGGUCUUUGAUUAUCUGGAGUCGAGGAGGGAACGAAAUACUGCUAAACAUUUCAAGCAGAAGAGCUUGAUUAUCCUACGAUCGUGCAAUGAACUCCUGCGCCGGCUUUCGCGCACCGAAGAUACGGUAUUUUGCGGGAGGGUUUUCAUAUUUCUCUUUCAGAGCUUCCCACUAGGAGACCGUAGCUCUGUCAAUUUGAGAGGCGAAUUUCAUACGGAGAAUGUGACCACUUUUGAUAAGCUUCCCAAAGCUCAAGACGGUGGCGUGACUCCGAUGGAUGUGGAUGCUUCUGCGAAAGAAGUCGCUGGCGAUGCGAAAACCGAAUCGGCGCAGGCCAGUGAGCAAGAAUCCAACCGACAGGCAGCUCAUCCAGCAGCUGAUGUAGGCCUGCAAAGUUCGCAACCGGCCACAAAGAAACCCCAGGAGCCAGAACCUAGCUCAACCCCGUCUAUGGAUGAGCUAUACCCCAUUUUUUGGAGUUUGCAAAACAACUUCUCUUCGCCAACCUCUCUUUUCGAUCCGGCCAAUUUUGCGGCCUUCAAAACCGGUCUAGAGGCAUCCCUUUCCAUCUUCCAGAAGGUAAACACCGAUAUGGAGGCGCGGAUGACGAAAGGAUCGGAAGAUGCGCGUCGUGGCCUUAAGCGGAGGCGUGUAGGUGACGGCAUGGAAAUGACGAACAGCUUCAACCCGAAGUACCUGACGAGUAGAGAUUUAUUUGAAUUAGAGGUGAAUGAUGUCGCGUUCCGGAGACACAUCCUCGUGCAAUCGUUAAUUCUUCUUGAUUUUGUCCUCUCGCUCACGCCCAAAGCUAAGGCUAAGCUGGCGGACUCAACAAACAAAUCAGUGCUCUACAGUUACGUUCUUAAUGACGAAGAUGCAAAAUGGGCGUCACAAAUGAAAACCUCCAUUGCCAGCUAUUUGCAACAAGGUUCAGAGGGGAAAUUUUAUUACAGAAUGGUGGACACUGUUCUCACUAGAGACAAAAAUUGGGUUCGAUGGAAGGCAGAAGCAUGUCCUCCGAUCGAGCGUACCCCAGUGUCAAUCCAAGAUUAUUUAGAUACGCAAGCUACUGCGACUAAGGUAUCGACGAGCAAACGACUUCGAUCCGCCCCGUUAGGAUCCCUGGAUCUCAAUUUCCUCACGGAGGAUAAGAAUAUCAAUAGCGUGGGCCGGCUUAAGCACCCCGACAGAUUCACUACCCCAGCAUUAGAUUCUUACAUGCGCGGGAUUGCCGACGAUGAGUUUAAUAUUGACAUGGCCCAGUCGCGCGAAGAGAAGGACGAGGCGACCAAAGCAAGAGCAAGCAAGACCUGGAGAACCCUACGUCUUUCCUCUCGCAGUAAACUAGCACUGUUCGACAAAAUCGAGGACGGAAAUAACCUCAAGGUUCUUUUUGAGCCGCCUCCUGCGUCUGAGGAUGCGUCAAGCGCAUCAAACAAACAAAAAGCUGCAGUGGAAAAUGGCGUUAAUCGUCAAGAUGGACCUUCCAAAAGGGGCGAUGUAAAAGGGGAGAAGGCAAAGGAAAACCAGCCACCGGUUUCAUCCGAUGGAGCAGCUCCGCAGCAGGGCUAAGAGUUUGUAUGGGAGGUAGAUGGGUUAUUGGAGUAUACCUCGUGACUACAAAAUUGAGCUCGAUGCGGGAAACGGAACGGACUGCCCAUAAUAACUGGCCUCCGUGGGAGCACAGGACGACAACCCAUGCUCGGUAUUUGUCUUACCCCGCGAACGCUUCUUUUCGUUAGUUUGCAAACGAGUUCGCCAGACCCUCACAGCCCAGGGUCAACGCUACCUUCUCGAAAACGAUUAGCUCCGCCCUUCUCUUCCUUAACAUGUCAUGUCGAAAGGGCACACUGAUCCCUUGCUGUAUCCGAGGAGAGUGGUGAAGCUCAACAUCCAAGCGGAGACAGAGGGGUAUGCGAGCUGCACAGGCGGGUGGUAUAUAAGGCAACUGACCGAUGCAGCUCCACAGCAUGGCUCCCAAUUAACAUCCUUCGCCGUUAAAGUGCAGCUCUACGGUCUACUCCCGCGUCGAGCCUCGAAGAAUGGGCAACAGGUGCAUGCUGGUACGCCAUGUUAUGCCAUUGUUAAUUUACGAUCCGUGGAAAUAAACUGGUUUUGAGGAGGGGCCGGGGAGUAGGAAGGAAUAAGCAGAUUAGAUCUAAAAACGAAAGAAGUCCCAAUGUUGCUUGCGAUGCUCGGGAAUGUUUUGCUGGAUGAUAUGACAUGAAUGGUAUAAAGAAUCACUUGCCUAUAUAAUGAUCAAUGUCAGUAAGAACGAUACAUCUACAUCUCACAAGGCAUAACAUAAAUCCGGUGGAGGAGUUGUUACCACCCACCCAGUACAGUUAACCGCCUCCCGUUUAAAAAAAAAAAAAUUAAAAAAAUUAAAAAUUAAAAAUUAAACAACUCGCCAUCCACAAUUCCAAUAAUAGUUAGAUCUACA